UGUAAGGUAGGCUCGUCUUGUGGCCUGGCGUGACCUGCCCGUGGAAGUCAACCAACACUGUAAAAGCGAUUUCGCCUGUUCAGUCGUUUUGGGGGAAAGAUGCUUCGACGACUAACCAUCAAGGCUCUGGACGAGGAGGCGCACCGCCACGUUGCGAAUAUUACUAUCACCUCGACAGUCACAAUUCGGGUGACACCCAAGGACGAUUUUCUUGUUUCAUGGGCCAUUUUGUGGGCUGGUUUUGUGAUCGCGUCUCUAGUCGCGACGUGGCAAGUCUGGAAAGAAUCGCGGAGUCUGUCGACUCGCCGAGGACAAACCGAAGAAGAGCAAGCCACCGAUGGAGUUUCGACAGCCGAUGUUGCCCGAAGUAUCUUUCGACGCCUACUUCUCGCCGCUAUGGCAUCACGCAUAGUUCUGAUGCCCGUACAAAUCUGGUCGACUCCCGUCUGGUGGCAGUUCGUGGGCGACACUUUGCCGGAAAUGCUCUUUGCUGCAGCCUGGACAUUACUGGUUAGCUUUUUUGUACAGUUGGUCGGGAUUGCGACAGGAACGAGCACCAGCACCAUGCCGGGUAUUGUAAUUCAAGGGACUGCUGUUGCGUCCGUACUACUGUACGCCUUGUUGUGCUGCAUCUAUGCAGCCUUGUUCGGGACUGUCUCGUAUUUUUGUCCAAGACUGCUGUCGAUUUUGCAACCCAGUUUGGUUCAACACGGUGGCUUGGUGACACGAAUAUCGAUUUGCACCGUGCUGUGCAUCUCCAUGUUUGGAGCCCAUACGAUUGGCUAUGCUCGACUCGUCUUAGCCCCACCCCAUAGAGUAUUCUGGUGGUGGAACUAUGGAGUUUUGGAACUUUUGCCAUCGAGUAUUUUCCUCGUGAUUAUGAACCCCAGCUCGAAUAAAAGCUCGGAGCGAGAACACGAAGACCUAUCGACUGAUGGAAGCCGCAAGAUUGGGAGGACGGAUUCCGCUAGCUCCGCUAUGAGCCACCCAACGGGAAAUAGUAGGAAACAGCAAGAGACAAUUGCACUCCUCAAAAACUCGCCCGUGUACGGUUCUUCUGGAAAAACAACUACUACCUAACUGGAUAAUUCAUCCUAACGAAACCUUUGGCUAU